AGAUAGAUAUAUCAUACGUACAUGAUGGUCACUUCGUUCCUAACCUCGACAGUACUCACGGGGUUCGAUUCGGUUUGUUUACAAAUGCGAUAGAAAUUAACAAUAAAGAUAUUUUGCAGAAAGCAUUGAAUUGCGAGAAUGGCGACGCAACCUCCGACUGAAAUGGAUGCCGACCAAGUGAAAGUCUUUCGUGACUUUCUGUCGUCAUAUAAUAAAGUCUCUGAAAUUUGUUUUGUCGACUGUAUACACGACUUUACUACGCGAGAUGUAGGGUCUAAAGAAGAGAAAUGUGCCCUUAAUUGCAUGGAGAAAUACUUGAAAAUGACUCAGAGAGUAUCUCAGCGGUUCCAAGAAUUUCAAAUAAUGGCUAACGAAAACGCCUUGGCAGCUGCCAAGAAAUUAGGUCAGAUACAUUGAAUCUACUAAUGUAAUAUAAAUAUAAAUAAAAUGAUGAGAGUUUUCUUAUUGUAAUAUUAAGAUUACAGAGAAUAUCAUUUAAAACUUUACUAUAUUAAUUACUCGAUUCAGAACUUUUACACAAUGGGUCAAUUCAUUCUAAGUAGUGAUCAUUAGUUCGUAAAAAGCAAAAAAAAAAAAGA